AUGAAAAUAAACGAGAGACGAGCGGAAAAUAAAGACAUACAAAGUUUGUCCCUUUCGUGGCUUAAUAUACAGGUGUUUACAAAAUGCAAGAAAAAAAAUGUGUCCGGUGAAGUAAAAAGUGGUCAAUUGUUGGCAAUAAUGGGCGCCAGUGGCGCCGGAAAGACAACACUAUUGAAUGUAUUGACGGCCAGAAACCUAUCGAAACUACGGGUGAAAGGAGUGGUGCUAUUGAAUAAACAGGCGGUCAGUGCGGAGACAAUGGCAUCGCUUUCCUCAUACAUAGAACAACACGAUUUGUUUCAUCCGUUGCUUACAGUUAGAGAACAUCUCGUUUUUCAUUCAAUGUUAAGAAUGGAUAAGAGUUUCUCUCGAGACCAAAGAAGCACUUUUGUAGACCAAUUACUAAUAAAAUUUAAUUUAAGCAAAUGUAGGGACACUCAAAUUGGGGGCGAUUUUGAGUUUAAAGGCAUUUCUGGGGGAGAAAUGAAGAGAUUGUCUGAUGAGCCGACGACUGGUUUGGACUCAUUUAUGGCCCAAAAUAUUGUGCAGACAUUGAAGACAAUGGCAUCGGAGGGACGGACUAUAACAUUGAAGACAAUGGCAUCGGAGGGACGGACUAUAGUCUGUACUAUACAUCAGCCCUCGUCUCAAGUGUUCGCUCUCUUCGAUCACAUCUUACUUAUGGCCGACGGAAGGGUAGCUUUUAUGGGCACAACUGCCAUUACUUCUAAUAAAUAUGAGGAGAGCAGGAUUAAAGUGAAUGUACGCAAAUAUGCGACAAAUAUUUAAUAUCAAAUUUUUGUCAACAAAUUUCCGGCAAUAAUAAUGCGAUUGAAUGCCAAACGAGACACACAUUUAACGACUCGUUCAGCGCCGACAACAAUAACAGUACAAAUGGUUGUUCGGGUUAUAAGUGCUGCUUUUGGGCCCAAAUGCGGGCUUUAUUGUGGCGCUCAUACCUAUUAACCAUUAGAAAUCAACAAAUUAUGAUGGCC